GUAACAGUGUUGACAACCUUGCAAACGAGCUGUGAUGUGAGCGCGGCAUGUGAUAAGUGUGGCUGACGAAAAGUUCUGAGUUCGAAUUUCUUGUAUAAUUUAAUUGUAUUUUUUAACAGAAUUUAAACAUAUCUCAUGGCAUUCACUCAGGGGGGCGCUACGGGCUUUCCAGCUACGUCCACCGCUCCUACUUUUGGUGUUUUUGGAGCAACUGGAACUGCAGUUUCAAGAGCUCGGGAUUCGGUACGUCUAGUUUCUCAUUCGCCACGCUGCAACUUCAACGAUUACUACGAGUAAGCACUGGAUUUGAUUUGGUUUUGGAAAUUUUAAUGUAUUUGGGGCUAAACCUGCAACAACCACAUCAACAGGUUUUGGAGGUUUUGGCGGUUUCUCAUCUGGAUUUGGAUCAACAUUUGGAUCUGGCCUGCGGUCAGCCACAACAGCAACCACAACAGCAGCAGCCUACCGUUGAUGGUGUAACAAAUCCUCUGGAGGCAUUAUACAAUGCUGUGUUUAAUUGCAAUAUUUAUGGAGAUGAAAGGGAUUCCACUCUAGCCAGAUGGAAUCUUCUUCAGGCAUUGUGGGGAACAGGCAAGGGAUACUAUUCACGCACAGCAGAACCAGUGGAGUUCACUUUACAAAAUCCCCUUUGCCGAUUCAAAGCUAUUGGAUACAGUUGUAUUCCUGUGACAGACAACAAAGAAGGCUUAGUAGCAAUAUCGUUCAAUAAGAAAGAGGAAGAACUGAAGGCACAGCAAGGUCAAUUAGUAACAAAUCUGAAUGCUGUACUUGGCAAUAAACCCAACCUCUCAUUAAACAUUGAAACUAUUCGUCCAACCUCAGAGAGCAAAGCACAAGUAAUAAUAUUUGUUCAAGAGAAAGGAGUUACUGGUUCUUUACGCCGUAUACCUGCUACUGAUUUGACAGCAUAUCUUUUGCAAACUAUGCAGAAACAACAACUCACUCAGUGGGGGGUUGAGAAUGUUUACUCUCAGAUCAUGCCUGAUAAAGAACAACUGGAUGAAUAUCUUGCAAAUGCCCCAGCUGGUAUAGACCCUAGAUUGUGGAAACAAGCUCGUUUAGAUAAUCCAAAUCCUGAUAAAUAUAUUCCUGUGCCAAUGGUUGGUUUUGCUGAAGUCAGAUGGCGUCUAAAAUGCCAAGAACAAGAAACUCGUCUUCAUCAACUCUUUCUGGAACGUGUCAGUGAAGAUAUUGCUGCCCUUCAGCGUCGUCAUGCCACAACGCUAGCUAAAAUUGCUGAACAUCGACGACGUUUUAUUGAUUUGGAACAUAGAGUAUUGAAAGUACUUGUUAAACAAGAAGUAUCCCGUAAACUUGGCCUUGCAUUGCAGCCUGAAGAAGAGGCACUUCGCGGUCGCCUGGAAUCAUUACAAGUACAGCUUAGUGCUCCCACACAAUUUAAGGCCCGAUUAAAUGAGUUACUCUCACAAAUGCGUACUCAUAGCCUGCAGUUACCAAAUAAAGAGGCAGAGCGUUACGCAAUGGAUCCUGGGGUUCAAGAAGAUAUUAAACAAUUUUUGUUGAUGGAGCAGAAUGGCAUGGCUCACCUGAUUGACAUAAUUCAAAAUGACUUGGCAAGUUUGAAAAUAAUGAAAGAUGGUCUUUUAAACCUUCUUCAAGGUCACUGAAUUGCCUGAAGUCAGUGAUAUUAUUGUAAUGUAAUAGGUUAAUUGAUUUUCUGUACAAUAUAAGACUUAAAAUAAAUGUUUUGUGAAUAAAUUGAAACUUCAUUGUUAGAUAUGUUUGGUAUCAUUGGUAUUUGAAAACAAUGAGCAGAAAUACGUUUUGUUAAACCUGAGGUAAUUUCAUUUCAGUGAUAUUGUUCUAGAGCUUGGUGCAUCAAUAUUUAAGUAUAUGAAAUGAUUAAGCAUCCAUUGAGUGGUCUCUCUGGUGUCUUGUGUGCUCCCAGGCAGUGCACCAUGUCACGCUCUUAUACCUUUGCAUCACUAUGCUUCAACAUAUGGCCCCCCCCGUUGUUUUCCCAACUUAUAAUCCAAGGGUCUGAUACCAAUUUUCUAUCUUCAUCUGAAACUAGAUCAUUUUUGUUUUAUAUGAAUUCUCUAACUGGAAAUUGUCUCAAAGUGGAACUACUACAAAACUCAAGUGUCCUCUAGAAUUGAAACCAGACCCCAUGUACACAGAAGGUGAAUGUACCUGACAUGGACACUACACAUAAAAUUAAUUUCAGAAUUACAUUUCAGUCAUUCGAUACAGCUACAACCCCCAGUUCAUUAGGGCACCAUCCGCCACUGAUGGUGAUUAUGUUGGCAAGCUUUCAUUUUGUAUUAAAAUCAAUAAAUUUUCUUCAAUGUACACAUCAGAAAUACCUUUCCUUACAAAGUUGUUCAAUUAUAUGUUGAACGUGUUUUUGUUUGUGUACAUGCUUUUAUGAGUGUCUUUUGAAUUAAGGGCUACCCUUUGCAUUCAGGCAAGGAGGUUCUAUUCUGAAAUACUCUUCAGUGUGAUCAUAGCUGUAAAGCUUGAAUUGUUUGCUGUGAGACAAGGAUUUUUGCAAAAGCAUUAGAGAAGUAUAAAAAAAAUCUAAUUUUAAAAUAAAAAUGUGCAGGAUCGACAUCAUUAGGUCAACCGGCAUUCAUACAAUGAAGAAGGAAAUUUAAUAUUUCAUUUGACUACCACACAUUAGUUCAUAUUCAUACGUGAGCAAGUGGUAGUUAUUUUCUCUCUCGUUUUUAAAAUCAUAAUUUUAGAAUGAAUGAAAAUGAAAAAAAUGAAAUGUAAUUACUAGAGACAGUGCUUCCGUGCACUAUCAAAUGCUACAAUGCCACAUGAUGUAGAGUAAAAAUGGGCAAAACAUGCACAAUCAAAUUUUAUUUUUACUUUCACGCCUUACGAAUUCUUCAUAAGAAGAGAAAAUUAUGUAAUUGUGUGCCAAAAAAUGCCAAAAUUUCACCUGAAAAAACCUUUUUGCCUGGUUCUGGUGAACCUAAU